GAUGCCAACUAUGCGAUCGUAUGUUUUUACAACGCGAAUUCGUCGGAAAGUGAAAGCAAAAAAGAAAUACCUAUUAUUAUUAAAUAAUGGCGUCGUCAAAGGGAAAGACGAAAAUCUCCCGAUCCGGGAAGAAGCGGGCACCAAGACGAAUAUUACAUUCUGAUACUCGUUCCCGAGUUAAAUCGGUACGCUGUAAACACGCCAACCCUCUAUAUCAACAGCAACUGUACGAUUCCAUCAAUAUACCUCAAUUAGUCUAUCAACUUCUUACCAUCGACAAACACAAUCACGACGCAAGACGUUUUCCAUCUCCGAAACAGUUCGAAACACACUGUCGGAGAAUGCAGAACUCUCAUGAACGGCAAAGGCUGUCCUACAAAGCAGUCGACCACUGCAAUGGUUCGGAAUCUGUACAAAUGCCAGAGUACACAAUAGAAUCUAGGCCUACAUCUACCGAUAAUCUCACGGAAGCAACGGAUGCUACAAAUAGCUCAGUACCAACGAGUUCCGCGAAUAGCAGCGUGUCAAAUGUCUCAAUGGAACGAAACGCACUGACAAACUCGCUCAACAGCGCCAAAGCACUUUUCAGGAAGAGAUCUUUAAUACAGCUCAUUAACAAUUACAUCAAAGCUGGCGUCGAAGAAGGAAAGCGACAGGCCAAAAAGUACAUCUGCAAAGCAUUAUCUUUUGGCGUGAGAUCGGGUUAUUUGAUCCCGACAGAUCGACAAGGUAAUAUACUCCGUGUGUGUCCGACUCUGGACAUACAAUCUUGGAAUUGGAGACGGGCCGACGUCGAAUCUCGACAAAGACGACGCAUUGCGCGACGAGGAAAGACGAGUUUGACAACCAUCGCAGAACGUAAAGCAAUGCGUCGCGGAAUUCCGCGAGAUGAAUUUCUUUACAAUAAUAUGGACAACAAGCAGACGGCUGCAAAAAGAAAAACACGAUCUGUUCAAAAUCCUGCCAAAAGUUUAAAUACGCAGGAGAGCAACCCACGAAAAUCGCUUUGUAAAUCGUUACACGAGAAAAGCAAACCGAAAGCUUUUACAAGAAAGAACAGCAAAAUUAACAAUGUGAUCAACAAUAAGCGAGAACAACAAAAAAAAGAUGACGGAAACAUCAAGAGGUCAAUUAAAAAACGUCGUAUGUUUUUUUCUGCUAAAUAUGCUCAGAAUGAUCGUGAACCAGUUGAGGAAAAUUAUAAGGACGUUAACGAAAAGGAUCGCAAUCAAUACGAAAGUAAUGAAGAUAACUAUAAAAUUGAGGAACAAAAGUCGACGUCGAGUCAAGAAGACGAAUCGAGAAUGGAGAAACGACAAACCGAGACAAAUAUCAAUAAUAACAGGAUAAAUUACGACAGAAUAGAAAGCAGAAAUUCCAAUGAUGAAAACAAUGAUAAAAGAUCUGAAACAGAAAGUGUCGACCAUAACAUGAGCGACAAAACGAUUAAAGAAAUGGAAUUUUAAAGAAUUGAAUGUCAAUCUUGAAUGAUGCCUUUCUUGGUCAAAA